AAUUCAUCUGGGUAUCGCUGUCAGAGGUGAUUUAUGGCAAAGAAGGAGUAUCCCUAUCUAGAGUACAGGUGUGAUUUAUUGAAGUUUGGACGUGUGAUGACGGAUGAGCUUAGAGCAGACAUAACACAAGAGAAACUAGUUUUGAUCCAGAGAACACCAUUUGGGAGCUUGUUUAUGGCGUAUUACAAUGGUACAUUAAUAGAAUCUGCUUGCAAAAAAUCUGAUUUGGAAAUAGUGGCUCUCUUGAAGUGUUUUAACCAGCAAAACAAAAGUUUUAAUUUUGGGGAGUUCACCGGUACUAUAACCAGCAAAGACAUCUCUGAGUUGUUUGGCUUAACACUCAUUGGGGAAGAAAUUAACCUAGAUCAGAAGAAGAAGAAAGAGGAUGACGGGUUCAGGACAAGACAACUGGGCGGAGUCCCGAGGAUGAGCAAGGCAAUAUUAGAACAAAAAAUAAAACAUGUAGCUAAGUUGAGAGGGAUUGAGGAUGAAAAAGAUUUUGUAAGGCUUGUCUGUCUCUACUUUUGCGUUACAUUAUUCCUCUGCAAUAGUGGUAAUGAACUCGGUUGGAAUGUCCUCCCAUAUAUAGAGGAUAUUGAAACAAUGUCGCAGUAUGCAUGGGCACCUUUAGUGUGUGAUCAUUUAAUGGAAUCGAUUAUGAAGAUGAAUGGUCGUCCUGAAACUGCAUGUGGGUGUGUAAUUGCUCUGCCGUUUUGGUUUUGUGAGCGGACUCUAUUCAUUGAACCGAUGAGAGGAAGGGAAGUAAUGGAACCAAAAAUUGUGAAAUGGAAUUUGCCGGAACUUUAUGCUAGGAUGAAAGUGGCCUCUAUUCUUGAGAUAGAGGUGAAGGAGAGAGAUGAGGAUCAGAGUACAAAUGUUAUGCCUAGUGGUGAGAAGCAGUUAUUUGAAAUUGGGACUACAAGCGGUACAAAAUCAAGAGAACAAAAAAAUGCGACUGAUUUUGAUCCCAACAAGAUGUUCCAGCUGUUACCGACCCAAUUCUACUUGGAAGAAAGCCAAGAGGGACCUUCAAGCAAUGAGGAAGAUGUACCUGAAUUGGAGAAAAGGGUUCAAGAGUUUGCUGAUUUCCUUGAGGUUGAGCGAGCCAAAAAUGAGACUCUUAGUGCGGAAAAUUUGAAACUAUGCAUGGAGAUAGGAUUGCUCAGGCAAGCCAUUCCUAAAGACGAGAUUCCAAAUGUGAAUUCAAGGAAGUUGAGGACAAAAGAACAAUGCAAAAAACCAUCAUUCCUUGAAGGUUAUAUCAUUGGCGACAUUAGAGCCAAAAGAGGUAAGGAAAAGAUCAUUGAUGAAAUAGGUGAUGCUGUUGUGGAAGAACCAGCUGUGAAGAAGGGGAAGAAACAGACUGUUGCUCAACAAAUAAUUGUGAGAAGGUUAAGGGUUGGAAAGCUUAUGUCCCAGGUAAAUGCAGAAAAGCUCAAGGAAUAUUUGUCCAAAGCUAGCAGGAGUUUGCUGUGGCAUGGUGCUCAUUCAAAAGUGACCUAUAAAGAUGCUUUGGAAAUAUUGCAUGAGGAAGCUGUUAGUCGGCAAGUGCUGGAUGCGUAUUUUGAAAUUUUAAGCCUCGAUCAACAGGCAAUGACGGAAGGUGGCAUUACUUCAUAUAUUAUGCCAACUUUUUCAUGGGAUAUGGUGAAAGGGGGGGACAAAAGAGCUAUUGUUGCAGCUUAUCUGGAGCAUAUCUUGAAAAAUAUUCGGGACAAGGACUUUAUAUGUAUCCCAAUUGUUCAUGAGAAAGAAAAUCACUUCACCCUGUUGGUAUUGAACACAAAACUUGGUUUGUGGGAACAUUACAACUCAUUACGCCCAAAGCGAGCAACAACCCUAGAUCAGUGCUUUGUGGAGGCAGUAAAAUUGCAUGCGGAAAUGACAAAGCAUUUUACAUUUCUUAAAACUCAUCGUAAAGGUAUAAUUAAAAGUGGGCAGAUAUGGAAACAUGUAAUGAGGGGAGGAGAAGUGAAUUUAUUCCAAUACAAGCUCUCAAACGAAGACCGGGACUUGCUUAUCUGGUUGGGAGGUAACUCUGUUGAACAUUUUCCUAUCAGACCUAACAAGGAAUGUCCACAACAAGAUUCUGGAAGUGUGGAUUGUGCGAUUGGAGUGAUGUACAUUGUCAAGAAAUUAUCAAAGGGAAAAGUGGUAGACUCUACCUUUACCAAAGGUCUAAUGCCGAAUAUGAGGGCACAUAUUUUAGAAAGAUUUUUAAAUAUGCCGAAUGGAGCCUAGAACUGAAGAAGAAGUAAGGGGUGCAGGUUGAAGGAGUUUUAUAUUAUGUUGUUUACUUUAAUUUUGGUUAAUAAUGUAUUCCCUUUAAUUGAAGGGCAACAAUUUGAAUUGCUGGCUUUGGGAACUACCUUUGUUUUACUUAAUAAUACGCAAAGAUUGUAUUUGGUUU